GGCGCAAAUUACAUCCGGGUCCUCAAGGUGAUGUGAGCAGAAAUAUGGUGGCACCCGAAGCAGAAAAAGAGGAGAGGAAAAAGACCAUCGGAACGUUGAUAUUUUCGCUCAAAGUAUUUCUAUUUGGAGAUGAGCAAUAGCAAUAUACAGAUGGAGUGAUAUAAUAUAUAUUGGGUGCCUGGAUCAUUACCCUUUUUCCUUGGAGUUACAGAAGCUGCGCAGGAUUAUUCCACAACACCACAGAGAAAGCAACACGGAAAUUGUUCCGGAGCGUCUCCGGUCAUCCGGAUUGCCGCAAACUCAACGAAAUGUAACACAAAACUCACCUUGAAAUACCAGUCCUAUUCAUCAUUUGGAAAUAUCUAAACACUUUUAGAAAGUCUUGAAGGCAUAACAUAAAUAUAUGGAUGAAUUUCACCGUAUUUAAUCAAUUUUCUGUCCUACUUUGAUCUAAAAACACAACAUGUCUGUAGACGCAGUGGAAUUGGACGUUAGUACCGUCGGGGGAGGGCCGAAUCACAGCGGACCAUCGCCGGGAGGUUCGGCGGGUAGGAGGAGGGUGAAGAGUCGGGCCUACACCGCGGAGGAUGAAGCUCUCACAGAUAUCGCAAAAGCGGAAGCAGAAAAGGCGGAAACGAAGCUUGCUCAAAGAAGGCAAGCGAGGGCUGAGGCCAGGAAAAUCAGAAUGUUGGAAUUGGAAAAGCAACAAAAAGAAGUUGACGAGAAGAUGGAUAUGGAAUAUAAAAUGCAACAAGAAGAAAAAAAGACUCAGCUUAAAGAGCUCCCAAGUUCUAGACAGAAAUGGUACCAUCGCCGAACCUCCCUGCAAGUGCCUAUGAUUACGAGUAAUAUGAGGAUGAACAUGUUAACGAAGCAAGCAGAGAUGGUGGUAGCGGCAGGGUCUGGGAGUUCUGGUAGCAGACCUUCCUCUCGGAGAGGCAGCACAGAAUCUGUGGAGCAUGAUCUUUUGAAGGGGUCAACAAACUCUGAGGAGGUUCAGGUACAUGUAGCACCCCAUAGGGGUGGCAUUGACCCCCGUGAAUUGGAGCCUCUGAAGGAUGCGGUGGCUGACCUUGAAGAGAAGUACAAGAAAUCGAUGAUGACCAAUGCUCAGCUGGACAAUGAGAAGUCCACACUGGUCUACGAAGUCGACUGCCUCAAGGAUGUCCUGGCAGAUCAAGAGGAACAUAUGAUGGAGCUUAGCAGAGAAGCCAGGGAUAAACAUAGAGACUUAGAAUCGAAGAAGCGUGAGAAUGUCGGAUUGAAGAGAGAGGUAGACAUUCUGAGGGAAAUGGUAGAACAACGGGAUCAACUCAUUUCGGAACAUGGUUUAUUACUCGUCGGAGGAGAGCAAGCAGACGGGGACUCUUCCAAACCUGUACAGCCAAAGGUCGGAACCAUCGUAGUGGUAUCGCCCGAGGCGGCGGAACUCUUAGAAGUCGUCGGUGACGGCCCCCUCGAUGUCAGGCUAAAGAGAUUUGUCGAGGAGAGAAAAGAACUUCUUGAGCAGAUCAGAAAACUUAAGAUUGAGUUAGAGGAAUCAAAAGAAAGGGCAGAGAACGCGGAAAGGAGAAGAGCGAAUCCCAUCACAAUAAAUGGACCAGAUUUAGAUGCACAUGAUUUACAAAGAGAAGCAACAAAACAAGUUGGUGAAUACAAGUUCAAGUUACAAAAGGCAGAACAGGAUAUCACAAAUCUAGGUGGACAGGUUGUGAGACUAGAAGGUCAGGUCAGAAGGUAUAAAACAGCAUCAGAAGUAGCAGAAAAGAAUGAAGAGGAACUCAAACUAGAAAAGAGGAAAAUGUCAAGAGAGCUCCGGAUAUUACGGGAGAAAGUAGAAGAAGUCGAGACAUCGAAUACGCAUUUACAGAAACGACUAGACAAAUUCAUUAAACGAAAACCGGAACACUGAUAGCUGGCAGUUGCGUAGAUUUUAAGCUUCUAUUUAACCUACAGAGUACGUCAUUUGUAUUUUAAUUUUCAAGGUAAUGAUUGGCCUGGCUUGUAUAUCAGUGAAUUUCUGUUGAAGAAAACAGUGAUUGAAUAAACCCAUGGAUGUAUAGGUCUGUAUUCUUAAAGUGAUUGUUUAACAUUGGUUUGACUUUGAAAAAAUCUGAGCUAGAAGGUCACACUUGUCACCUGUGUCUG